UUAUUGUUGAUAUUUUAAGUUCUAGUUUUUGCAUUAAAAUAAAACAAUUAAGAGAUAAUAAAUAUAAUUUAAAAAGAAUUAGUAAAAGUAGAUUAAAAUAAUAAAAAUAAUGAAGAAGAUAUCAAAUAAAAUGAAAAAAAAGAAAAAAAAUAAGAAAAAAAUGAAUAAAAAUAAGAAGAAAAUGAAAAAACAUAAAAAAAAAAAAAAGAAAAUUAAUAAAAAAAAUAAGAAAAAGAAGAGGCAACUUAAGACAAAAAAUAAGAUGAAAAAAACAAAAAACCAGAAAAACCAGAAAACAAUGAUGAAAUUUAAAUUAAAUAACUUUUAGAAUAUUUAGAAUUUUAAGAAACUAUUAAUUUUUUGGAUAAUUAAAAUUAUUUUGAAACCUAAAUAGGUUAAGAAAAAUAUACUAAUCAAGUUAAAAGUAAUUAUAAAGAAAAAAAAGAAGAAGUUCAAAAUGAAAUAUAAAACGUAGAAAAAGAAGAAGAAAAAAAAAAGAUUUAAAUUAGAAAUAAUAGAAUUAAGAUGAUAAAAAUAAAGAAAAUAAUAAUAAUAAUAAGUAAAAUAAAGAAGAUUAAAAAAAACAGAAUAAUAGUGUAAAUGAAAGGGAUAAUAAUAAUGAUUAAAAAAAUAAAAAAUAAUAAAUAAGCAAAAAAUAAGAAUUAUAAAUAGAUGAAAACGAUAUUAAUUUAACAUCAUAAGAAUUAGAAAUAAAAAGAAUAUUAAAUAAAAGUAUUGGUUCUUAAGAAAUUUUAGAUAUAUAAGAAUAAUAAAAUGAAAAUGAACAAAACUAAUAAAACGAAAAUGAACAAAACUAAUAAAAUGAAGAUAAAAAAGAAUAAAAAAAUAAAGAAGAAGAAGAAGAAGAAGAAGAAUAAAGGGAAAAUAAUAAAACAGAAACAAAUGAAGAAAAAGAAGACAUAUAUAACUAAAAUAAAAAAAGAUAAUAAGAAAAUGAAAAAUAAGAUG